UUCCAAGGUUUGCGUCACUUCCGUUUUUUACAACUCCCCGCCUUUUUGACCGUUAAUGCCCAGGAACUGUCGGCUAGGCUCCGCCCUAUUCUCAGCCGACCAGGUACUGCCUCCUCCGCCUGGAGCAGGAGGGAUGGCCCCCAGGCCCUCUGUGUCAUCCGCCUCCCAGGAGUCAGUGACCUUCAAGGAUGUGUCUGUGGAUUUUACCCAGGAGGAGUGGGGGCACCUGGCCCCUUCUCAGAAGGAGCUGUACCGGGAGGUGAUGCUGGAGAACUAUGAGAACCUCCUGUGCCUAGGCCUGGCCAUUCCCAAGCCAGAGGUGAUCUGCCAGUUGGAGAGAGGGGAAGCCCCUUGGAUGCCAGAGGGAGAUGCCCCCCAGAGCCCCUGUGCAGAUUGGGAAGCAAUGCCUGAACCCAAGAAAUCAGUUCCAAAACUUGACACUUUUAUGGAAGAAUCUUCUCCUGAAAAGCUCACAAGGAAUUAUCCCUGUAUCUCUAAGUGGGGAGAAGCUUCAGAACCUGAUACCAAGUUAAAAAGGAAGCACCAUGAUGAGUUACAAUCUAGAAUUCAUACUCGAGAGAAAUCCCACAAAUGCAAUGAAUAUGGGAAGGCUUUGCUCAAAGGCUCAAACCUUAUUGCACAUCCUAGAAUAUAUACUGGAGACAAACCUUAUAAAUGUAAUGAAUGUAGGAAGGUCUUCAGCCAGAGAUCAUACCUUGUUGUACAUCAGAGAAUUCAUACUGGAGAGAAACCUCAUGAAUGUAAAGAAUGUGGGAAGGCCUUUAGUCAGAGCUCACAACGUACUCAGCAUCAGAGAAUUCAUACUGGAGAGAAACCUUAUGAAUGUAAUGAAUGUGGGAAGGCCUUCAGCCAGAGGUUCAAACUUAUUGUACAUCAGAAAAUUCAUACUGGAGAGAAAACUUAUGAAUGUAAUGAAUGUGGGAAGGCUUUCAGUUGGCGUUCACAACUUACUCAGCAUCAGAGAAUUCAUACUGGGGAGAAACCUUAUCAAUGUAAUGAAUGUGGGAAGGCUUUCAGUGUGAGCACAGGCCUUACAGUACAUCAGAGAAUUCAUACUGGAGAGAAACCCUAUAAAUGUAAUGAAUGUGGGAAGACCUUCCGUCAGAGCUCACAACUUAUUGUUCAUCAGAGAAUUCAUACUGGAGAGAAACCUUAUGAAUGUAAUGCAUGUGGAAAGGCCUUCAGACGGAGCUCAGAACUUAUUCUACAUGAGAGAAUUCACACUGGGGAGAAACCAUAUGAAUGUAAUGAAUGUGGGAAAGCCUUCAGACAGAGACCUGGACUUAUUGAACAUCAGAGAAUUCACACUGGUGAGAAACCUUAUGAAUGUAAUGCAUGUGGGAAGGCCUUCAGUCAGAGGUCAAAACUUACUCUUCAUCAGAAAAUUCAUACUGGGGAAAAGUCUUAUGAAUGUACAGAAUGUGGGGAGGUCUUCAGUCAGAGUACAAAAUUUGCUGUUCAUCAGAUGAUUCACAAAAUCAUAGAAUCACAAAAUCAACAAAUCUGAAAGUUGAAAAGCAUCACAGUCUCCUAGCCUCCUUGCCUCUCUUAUAUGAUCAAUGCUAACCCUAAUUCUCUGCCUCCAUACUGCAUCCAAUCACAUUCUACCUCAAGGCCUUAGUCAAGUGAUUACAUAAGUGUUUACAGCAUGUCCAGCACCAUGCUAAAUGCUGGGGAUGCAGCCAAGAAAAGCAACGGAUCCUUUCCACUCUCUUGUUCUUUUUCAAUCAGUUUUUCUUUACUCCUCACCAAGGAUCCUGAACAUGUAGGAUCAUGGAAUCUUGAGCUCCAGAGAGAGAAGAGUCUCAGAGGCCACAGAGCUGAACCUCCCCAUUUUACAGAUGGAGAAAUGGAGUCUCAGAAAGUUUAAGCCCAGUUCAUACGUGGUCAUGGUUAGAUCUCAUCAAUAUUCUUUAAAAAUCUCAAAGCUACUUAUGACUCUCUAUCUCUGGUUUCUAUUCCAGCCAUUUUACUGAAGCA